AUGGCGACGUCGACACCCACGCGCCGCCAUCGAUCCCUCGAACCCACCCCUUUCAUUCCCUCCUCGAGUCCGACUGAAAGGAGCUCAAGCGUCAGCCCGGCGCGGUCGGGGAAGCAAUCGGCCUGCACCUACACCUUCACGCCGCGGCGCAUCAAGUCACUCCCUCGAGCUUGGGAACGACGGCCACUCACGCCGCACGUACCUCGGAACGAUGUGCAGAAGAUCUGGAAGCGCGUGCCUCUCGGGGAGGUCAUGGCCAAUGUCGGCCAUGGGUGGAGGAAGGAUGUCGGCGGUGGGAACGUGAACGGAAGGGCCGUGAAGAGGUUGAAGGUCACGCUCCAGGAGGCAGACAAAGAGAACGUGGCACGGUACUUGCCGUCGAAAUGGGAAGAUGGCGCGGGAGUGAAUAGUCCGAAACGAAAGGCGGUGCAUGCUGCCUGUGGGUUUGUGGCAGUUAACGCCGCUGCUGCGGUGCAAGGUGAAGGUGACGGCCAUUUCCUGGAGGAGACGGCUGAAGGGGUGGAUGUGGAUCAUGGAGUGUCUGACGUGAUGAAUGUCGAGCUGGUGAAUGAUGUUUCGGAGCAUAUUGAAAUGGCUGGUGUGGACGCCUCCGUUCGGUCUCAACAAGAAGAAGGAGACGAGGAACAACAAAGGGAAGAGGGUAAUGGCCUUUCACACGACGUCUUAGAUAGUUUGGACUCUCCUACACCGAGUGAAGAGAGCGACGAGCAGGAGCGUACAGCCACGUUGAAUCCCGAGAGGUCUUCGGUCGAGAAGUCUAUGGCGAAUUCAAUUCACUCCGAGGAAAUUCCUGGUCCGAUGCAGCAAACCCUGGAGUGCCAGGCCGGCCUCUUGUCAAACACUUUGCAAACGGCAAACCAAGCUCCUCCAUUGUCUACGGACCACGACGAUACAGCAUUCCUACACGACUUCCUUUCUCGCGCUCGCGCACAAAAAGCGGCGAAACAACAAGAAGCCAUGUCCCAAGACCAAGCAGCAAUACCGAUGGACAUCGCAAACGCAAACGCUACAGGCUCCAAUGACAUUAUAUCCUCCAACGUUCCGACCACGUCCCAUGUCGGAAAUGCCCAGGAACCUGUUCCGACCACAUCCAACACGUGGGAUGAGACUCCAGUACUUCGAGCCGAUCAAGAUACGGAGCCCAGCGUGGUCUCUCCACGACGAAGUUCAAGACUCACCACCCGAUUGCCACGGCCACAGAAGCCCAUCACCACAGUUCCAAGCAACAUCGCGCUUAAGAGGCUGAACGGGACUGAAUUCAUCGCAACCCAGCGCGAGACCCAGUCGCUAGCCAUGACGACAAGAGCGAAUACGAAGAGGAACAAAGCCGACGCGGUCAAUGUCCAGCUUAAAUUGAUUCAACUGGCAGCCGAGCAAAAGGCACAGGCCGGACAAGUGCGACCUCUACAUUUUCCGAAAAAGGACGGCGCAGAAAGGAAGAAGAGGAAAAACACCAAGGUAGUGAGUUGGGACAAUACGAUUGCGAGAUUCGAGGAUGGGGAGGAGGUGUUGAACAGCAGUCUGGAUGAGCCGGGGAGUGAUGCAGAGACUCAAGGGGAUCAGAAGCCGCUGGUGGCGAACGAGAACACAGACGGGAUCGGUGGUGCAGAGGACGAGAAGAACGAGACCGGAGGGAAUCCAGAGGAGAACAAGGAGAACGACGAGAUUCACAGAGAAGAACAGAAGCAGGUCAGGAAGGUGCGUCGGUUGAGGAAGCUGAAUGUCGGAAACGUCAAUGGGACUCCAGCGCCGAAGAGACGAGCCAGUCUAGGAAUCCCGGUACCUACCACGGCGGCGAGUUCAUUGCUUUCGAGCGUCAUGGGGGACAGUACCGAGAGGGAGAUGGCAGGAUUCUUGGAAGAAGCCGCGAAACAGACGAUUGUGCCCGUGGGCCGUGAACAGGGCGCGCAUGCCAAACCGAGGAUCUUGAGAAGGAGAACGUGA